AUUAACCGGCCAACAUUUUAUCCUAUUUAAGAUGACGGUACUAUCUCCUUUUGCACCAGAAAAAAGAGAAACCAUAAUGUUGAUCUCAUGGUCCCCCUCUCUGUUUUUCCUCCUCUUCCUUCUAAUCCUUUCCAUGCUUCUUCUCAAGAACAAGAAGAAAAGAGGAAGGAUGGGUUUCAAGCUCCCUCCAAGCCCUCCAAAACUCCCCAUCAUAGGUAACUUGCAUCAAAUGGGGAAUUUGCCUCACCAAUCACUUCAAAAUCUGUCCAAAAAACAUGGUCCAAUCCUUUUACUACGAUUAGGUAGCAUAGAGACUCUGGUAGUUUCUUCAGCUGAGGCAGCAAAAGAUGUCCUCAAAACUCAUGACCUCGAUUGCUGCAGCCGGUCGCCUUCUCCUGGACCAAAGAGGCUCUCUUACAACUACCUAGACGUAAUAUUUUCGCCUUACGGGGACUAUUGGAAGGAGAUGAAGGCACUUUUCAUUUCCGAGCUUGUUAGCAUGAAGAGAGUAAAAUCCUUUGCUUAUGCAAGAGAGGCUGAGGUUGAUAAAUUGAUCAACACCCUAUCACAAAAUUCCCACACGCCGGUCAAUCUCAACGAGAAGCUAUAUGGCCUAGUAGAUGGUAUUAUCGGCACUGUGGCCUUUGGUAAGAUAUACGGAACAAAUCAAUUCAAGAGUGAAGAAUUUUAUAAUGUUCUUAAUGAGGCAAUGGAAAUGCUGGCUAGCUUUGCUGCGGAGGACUUUUUCCCAUCAGUGGGAAGGCUUGUGGAUGUUUUGACAGGACUCAAAGCUAGGCGCGAGAAGAGCUUCCGAGGGCUUGACGCUUUCUUCGAAUCAGUGGUUGAGCAGCAUCUUGAUCCUACCAGGCCUAAACCCGAACACGAAAAUCUUGUUGAUGUCCUAAUUAAAUUGCUGAAGAAGCAAAGUGCCAGUUUCAGUUUCACAAAAGACCAUGUUAAGGGAAUACUUCUGGAUACAUUUCUUGGUGGGAUAAAUACUAGUUCAGUUACCAUAUUAUGGGCAAUGUCAGAGCUGAUCAAGAAUCCAAGAGCCAUGAAGAAGGUACAAAUUGAAAUUAGGAGUUCUGUUGGAAAGAAAGGAAAGGUGGAGGCAGAGGAUGUUGCAAAACUAAAAUACCUAAAAAUGGUGGUUAAAGAAACCUUCAGGCUGCAUCCUCCAGCUCCUCUGUUAGUCCCACAUGAGGCAGUGCAGCAAUGUAGAAUUGGAGGUUUUGAUGUGUUUCCCAAAACAAGAAUCUUUGUUAAUGUAUGGGCUAUUGGGAGAGAUCCAAAUUCAUGGGAAAACCCAAAUGAGUUUUACCCCGAAAGAUUCGAGGGCAAUGAUAUUGACUUCAAAGGAUCCAAUUAUGAGUUGCUGCCUUUUGGAGCUGGUCGAAGAAUUUGCCCUGGUUUGGCCAUGGGAACCACAAAUGUGGAGUAUGCACUUGCUAACCUAUUGUAUUGGUUUGACUGGGAAUUGCCUCGUGGGAUGAGGAGGGAAGAUAUUAGCAUGGAGGAAGAAGGUGGGCUCGUUUGUCAAAGGAAGACUCCCCUUUGUCUUGUACCAGUUAGUCACUGUUUGCAAGAUUAGAAGUCUAAGAUUCCAAGAGAUCGAUUAAUUAUGUUUUUCUAUUUACUUAGCAUAUUGUUUCUUUUAUUUGUAAGCACUAUUUUCUACGGAGAGUGAAGGUUGAAUAAAGAGAGAUGCUUGUUUGUGAUCCUGUACAAUAUCAAAUUUAAGUU